AUGGCACCUCAUUUCUUUAAGUUAUAUUAUAAUAUAUGCAGCAUAUUCUAAUUAAAUAUAAUUGGGACAAUUAAUUAGAAAUAAAUCAUUUCAUGCCAAAUUGAUAAAUAUUUAGAAAAAUAAUAUCUUACAAUAAGUGUAGAAGCUUUUAUUGAAUAAUCUUUUAAAUUAAAAGAAUUAUCUUCAAUAACUAAUAUUGUGAUUUUGAGGAAUCAAAAUUUUUAUCAUUUUUAGAAACAGCAGAAAAGAAUUAAAUAAACAAGAUUAAGGUAAAAUAUAACUAUUAAGAUUUAUUAGAUUAUAAAUGAAUAAUUAAUUAAGUUCUUAAAUCUUGAAUUAUGAUAUGGAGAGUUAAAGUAUAGAGAUUUUAUUUAGUCAAAGAGAAUGUAUAGUUAAUUAAAUUCCAAAUUCAGUAGAAGGCAGGUUUAUAAAUUAAUAAGAUGACAUUGAUGAUUUAAACAUAGAUUAAGUUCAAUAAAUAUUUCAAAAGUAAAUAUAAAAUGACAAAAUUUCAUUUGAAAAAUUAGAUUAAGGGGAUCAUCAAAGAUAAUCAAAUUAAUAAAAGAGUUCAAAAAUUUAUUAAUCAUCAAAAGAUUAAUUAAAAUAAGAUAAAUACUUUAUUGAUUAAAUUAUUUUAUACAAGUCUAUGAUUUAGAAUAAUUAAUAAACUCAUCUAAUUCCAUUAUUUUUGUAAUUAGCUAUGAAUCAUAUUGCCUUCUCGAAAUUACUAAUAACUGAAAAAAAAGAAUAAAAAGUGAAAAAUAAAUUUCUUGGCUUGCUUGAUUAAAAAUAGGCCAAUUCGCCUAAAAUUUUGGGUUAUGAAUUCAUUUGUGUUAACAAUGUUUAGGAUUAUAUUAAUAAUAAUAAAAUAGAUAAUAAUAACAUUAUAUACUAUAAAUUAACAAAGAACUUUAUUCAUUUAAAUUGGUUAAUACUAAAUUACAUAUACAAAAUCAAAGAUUUUAUUUGCUUUUUGAAAUGGAUGAACUAUCAUAAGAUGCUGAUCAACAAUACAUUUUUAUUUUUAAGAGAAUCAAAUGUUAGAAAAAAUGAAAGUAUUGAAGAUAAGGUAUUAAAAAAUUAAUCAGAUUCAUUACAUUAUAUCUACUAUUAUUAUUGUUUUUUAAGCCAAAAUGAAGCAAAUUUAUAUUUAUCUUCUGCAGAAAGUAAUAAUUCAGAAAAUUAAUUAUAUACUCUUAUGUAACAAUUACUUAAAUUAAAUAUCAUUUUUGGUUUAAAUUAUGAACUAAAACAUGAUUGUUAAAAUUUUAUGAGAAAUAUUAGGAAGUCAGAUUAUUAAUUAUUCAUAUACAGGUAGAAUUAAGAAAUUUCAGCUACCUCUUUUUUGUUUUAAUCUUAAUUGUUAUAAUAAAAUGAUAUAAUAUGUCAUUUUAAUUAGUAAAAUGAAGAAGAUUUAAGAGCUUAUUUUAAAUAAUGUUUGGAAGAAUUUUCAAAUUAGUUUUCUUAAGCUAGUAUCAAUAGCUUUCAAUUCAUCAAAAUUUGUAAUGAUAAUUUAGAAAGCCUAAUGAUAUAGAUUGUAUUGAUGAGGUAUCAAGAACAAAAAAAGUAGUUUUGA